AGUUGUUUUUUUCUGUCGUUUGCUUUGCAUUGUAGAAGAUUGAGAAGUUUUUAUUGAUAUUUGACCUAAAAAUACAAACAACAUUAAUAUUAAAUACUGAGUGUGACAAAGGAUACCAUCAAGGAAAUCAUCAACCUUUUCUUGACUUAAGUUAAAUGAAAGUAUGUCGAGUAUUGUAAAUCUAUGAAAAAUGAUGUCGCCCGUAAAUGUAAAUUCUUCAUACUUUUAUAGCUUUAGAACGAUAAUAUUCAGUUGGACUAUAUAAGUAGUCUAUGAUCAGAGUGCAAUGAAUUAUCAACUUGAAUAUAUAUAUAGUCGCUAGUGUUUUUGGGCUCAAUGAAACUUAAAAUCAUUGGAUCAAACUUUCCCAAAAAAAAAAUCAUUCAAUUUUUUCUCUUUGUAAUAAAAAUCGAAUCGAUUUCUGAUGUUAACAAGUUUUCGAAAUAUCUUCAAAACUAAUGCCAUCUACAUCAGAAUUUUAUUCAUAUCUCCUAAACUGUCUUCUAUCGGAUACUAAACCAAAGAUAUUUGAAAUCAGAAAAAUGAAGUUGAUUUUUCAUGAAAUUUUCAUUCAAUCAUUUUGAGUUUCACCCAACUAACAAGAAAAUGUAUGCCACUGGCAUUUUUUGUCACGUUUCAUGUUAUCAGGCCACAUACGAAAAGAUAAGCGAGAAAAUAACUAUCAAAUUAAGUUUACACGUGUCCUCUCAGACAGAAAAGAAGACAUUCAGUAUCGGUGUAUCACCAACAUAUGCACUUGUAUAUAUCCUUGCUCGACUUGAUAAUAAUAAUCGAGGCGUAGAGAGUAUGGGUCUGGAUAUCAGUGCGUGGGUGUGGAUGAAGAUGCAGAGAUUAUUCAAAUCUGCACGCCACACUCACGCCCUAUGUGAAAGUCGUCAUCAUGUCGCGAUUUAACCCUUUGGGGACGGUUGGCCCCUUAAGGGGCCAUGGCGAUUCUCUAGCAUCUCAAAACACGCAGAUUCCUAUAUGAGAUUAGUUUUUGUGAAAGCAUUUAUCAGAGAGUUUUUUGGUAUAAUUUGGAUUGUAAUUAGGUUAUUUUAUUCAGAUAUCCAGUAAUAGAUUAUAAGUUCUUUUAGAAAAUAGAAACGUUGAAUGAUUUAUGACGAAAUAUACAGAAAAAAAAACCCGUCCCCAAAGGGUUAAGUUUUGUGUGCGAUAUAUUGAGAGCAAGAACUGUAAUUUCUUUUAUAUAAAGGUCUACAUUCUUCUUUGUUUUACUCUUGUAAUUGAUAAGAAGAAACGCAACACAUAAAGAGUCCAACAAUAAAAACAAUCCAUCAUAAACAUAUAAAUAAUACAGAGAAGUCUAUAUACUUGACAGACAGGUAACUCUAUCUAGAAUGAACCAAUCUUGAUAACUGUCAAUAUUCCAUGAAGUCAUUCAUUAGGUAUGUUUCUAAGUGAACCUUACUGCGAACGAAUUUAGGAUUGAUAAGUUCGGUAUACUGGUGGAUAGAGUGCAUCAAUUAAAAAUUUCUCAUGUAACACAGUUUAACAAAAGUAAGGAUGUAAGUGUUGAUGUUUGGCAACAUCAUACAUACAAGCACAUCAACACCCACAUUCUCUUGACGAAGUUGUUAAUUCAAGAUUUACGAUUGAGGUGACUAUUACAUGCCUGUUCGUUUGCUAUCAUUUCUUUCUCUAAUAAUAGCAUAUGACUCACAGAAUGAAGAGACUACUUCUUUGCAUCGUAUAUAUGUUUUUUUUCUCUACAGGUAGAACAGCCUUUUCUUUCCUUUUUUUCCAAUUACAAUGUUGUUAUUUUGCAUACCAUUUUUUAAUACUUACUUAUUUCAUCUGUUAUUGCUUAUUUGCUGUGAAACUCAGAGAAGUAUUAGCAACUAUGACAUUGCGGAGUGUGAAGGUGGAUCCAUCUGAUAGAAGAAGAAGACCCACAUCGACACCCACACACCCUCUACGCAUAAGUUUUCACAGCCACGUGUAUUUUUUUCGUUCUUCUUGCACAGAGAGGAAAAAAAGCAAUUUUUCUUUUGUGUUCGACCAAAAUUUAAAGUGUAAUGCAAAUAAAUGACACUUAUGAGCCAUUGCAUGUAAGCCACGACCUGGAGUGCUCAAUCGACCAUCUCCGAUUUUGUUCGUUUUUAUAUAUGUGAUAGAGGAAAGUGUUUGAUGAUGUUUGCCGAAAACCGCACGGUAAAAUAUUGAUCCACUGGGUUUUUAUUGAACUUCUACGAAAACUCUCAAAAUCCUCAAUCAUGAGAAAACCGUCCAUUGUUACGACUGUAUCUCGAGAACGGCUGAACAGAUCGAGCUGAAACUUUCUAUGAACACUCACAGCUAAUGAUGCUAUCAUCAGAAAAAAUUUCAAGCGAAUCACUUGUACCAUUGGUUUUCUGCAAAUACUCUUUGGAGGGAUGAAAAUGCUAAUUUUAUCCAGUUUUGGGAUGGGUGUGGGUGUGGGUGUGGGUGUGGGGUGUGUGUAUGGGUGGGUGUGGGUGUGGGUGCGGGUGGGUGUGGAUGUGGGUGAGUGGGGUGAGGGUGUGGGUGGGUGUGGAUGUGGGUGGGUGUGGAUGUGAGUGUCAUGUGGGUGUAGAUGAAGACUUAUCACACAUCCACCCGCACACCCACAGCCACACCCACACACCCACCCACACCCACCCUUUGUUAAACUUGCAAGUUAAUUAAGCAAGAUAUAUUUAACAUUGAUGUCAAAUUAUUUCUAAUUCUUGUAACUUUUCUUUUUCAUGCUCAUUUUCUAUUAAUAUUUUUCUAUAUAACAUAAAUUUAUUCUUUUUGAAUUCAUUUUUUACAUUGUAUUAAUCGAAAAUGGAUUUAUUUUUUAGGCCUAUAGCUAUAGAUAAAUUUAAUUAUACUUUAAUUUAUGGAGCAUUCUUUGGUGGUGUAGCAGCAUUUCGUUCACCAGAUAUUCUUGCUCGUUAUGAAUUGAUUCGUACAUAUGAUCAUGUAGCUGCUGAAUUAAAUCCACAUGAUGUUAAAAUAUUAAUGUCAAAAUACGAUUAUAAUCUUGAUGGCAUAAAUACAACAAAUUAUAUCGUACAUAAUAUAGUUUUUUAUAAAUUAUUUACAUUAAUUAAUGUAACAUUACCUGAAGAACCAUUCGAACAUAUUCAUACACGUUUAAAUAUAAAAAAUAAAAAAUAA